AUGAAUGGCGCCGGUCCAUCGGCAAGGCGUAUCCUCUACGAUGUCCCGUGCCGCGUCUGCGGCGACAACUCCUCGGGCAAGCAUUAUGGGAUCUUCGCCUGUGACGGUUGCGCGGGAUUCUUCAAGAGGUCCAUCAGGAGGAAGCGCCUUUACGCAUGCAAGUCGCGUCACCCUGGCCGCUGCCACGUCGACAAGGCUCACAGAAACCAAUGCCGAGCCUGCAGGCUGGCUAAAUGUGUCUCAUCUGGCAUGAACAAAGAUGCCGUUCAGCACGAACGAGGGCCGCGUACUUCGACAUUACGUCGUCAAAUGGAGUUGUUCUUUAAAGAUUCGCCGACACAGCCCCAAGAACUCCAACCGUCGCGAGCACCGCCACUAUUACAAUUGCCAUUACUGGCUCAGAACCUGUUGCCACCACCGCAGCCGGUCCCCCUUUAUACUGCGUACCAACCCAAUUUGCAUUUAAUGAGCCCUCCGACGAUGCAGUUUCAAGACUAUAUUCGUCAAUCACCUGUGCCCUCUAUUUACGGCCAAAACGAUCUGGGAGAGCUGUGCGAAUCUGCUGCGAAGCUUCUGUUCACGAACAUUAAGUGGGUUAAGAAUGUGCCCGCAUUUGCGGCGCUGUCUGAACCUGACAGGAUAAUCCUGUUGGAGGAGUCCUGGAAGGAUCUAUUCGUGAUAGGGUCGGCGCAGUUUUUGUACCCAAUGAACUUGGCUAUUCUGUAUGCCAACAACCCUUCGAUAGAUUUUUUAAAUCUGAAGAUUUACCAUCAGGCUAUUGAAGAUCUUAGGAAAUUGCAACCGGAUAGUCAUGAGUACGCAUGCCUACGAGCCACUGCGCUAUUUAAAACCACCAUUGAUGGUGCUGGAAUUUCUCAUGGCAUGGAGAACAGAAGGCUACAAGACCUUCAGGCCAUAGCUACGCUGCAAGAAAACACGCGACUAGUUCAUUGCGAGUACGUAGCGAGGCACUACCCCAUGGACAUAGGACGGGCGGAAAGGUUGCAGCAACUCCUGCAAAUCAUCCACCUGGUGAAAGGAUCCACAAUAAUCGAAUUAUUUUUUCGGUCAACGAUAGGGGAUAUUACACUUGAGAGAAUUAUAUGCGAUAUGUACAAAGGGAAUUUAGAAGAGGAAAAGCUUUGAUAUUUAUUUGGGGAUCAGUACUUACCACGGCUUAAAUAUAUGGUGGUGAGACAGAUCAAUGAAAGGCUGGUGAAUAAACUAGUUCUGAGCUUUCUAGGAAUUCAUAUCUAAACAGUCUCAUGAUUGCUCGGAUGGAAAAUGGCCCAAGGGUUUUUUAAAAUCGGUAUAGCAUAUACGUGGGAAUAAGCGUAUGCAAUUAUGACGGCCAACCGAUUUGUCAAUAUUUAGAUUUUAGUGAACUUUACAUAUUACGAGAUUGUAUAUAAUAUAUAAUGAGGAAUUUCUUCUAGUGCAUAGAAGCACUCACGAAGCGGAUCCAGCCGUCAUCUAAGUGUGACCGUUCCAUUUAAAUUUGCAUUUUGCGUCGAUAUUUUGUUGUUUCCACCACCGUCCGAACUUAAUAAGGACGUGUGUCACCAAGGCUUUGUCUUUCGUAAUGAUAUAAAUUUGAGAUACAUGUAUACAAAUAUAUGGGAAGGAUGAAUUAUUAUUAUUAACUAAAAUAUAAUUUUAUAUAUUACCGCAGUUACUUCAUUAAUUUGACGAAUAUUGGCGCAUAUUCCUAUUUCUACGUUUGCGUAUAAAAUGUAAUCUAAAUUUUGUAUUUAAAUUUCAUAUAUAAACUGUGCAUUCGUUCUUAUAUGUCAUUAUGAUUAUUUUUAUAUUCCAUGUCUCGUUCAUACUUACGUGUAAAAUAAUACCGUAUUUGAAUUUAAGAAACAUACACAUAUGUCACGAAAUUAAUCUAUUUUCGAUGUUUACAUGUGCGUAGCAUAAUUAAUGUAUUUAGAACUUUUUGCCUAUAGGCAUUAUGCGUACUUUAGAAAGGUAGAUGAUUUAAUAAAUCUCUAUUAACAAUAAUUAUUAUUAUCUACUUAAUUAUAUUGUUGUUUAUUA